UCUCUCUCUCUCUCUCUCUCUCUCUCUCUCCCUCCCCCCAUAUAUAGUAUGUAUAUGUAUAUGCAGAUGAAUCUUUAUUGAAUUCAUUUGGAAAAUUGGAAAUAAAUUCUUGAUACGAAUUACGCGAAGGAAAACGCAACUCUCAUCGAGACUAGGGUUUCUUGGAUCGCCGUAUUUGUGGCCUACUGGCGGUUGAAUGGCAUCAUCUGCAAUAAACGCAGGUGCCUUGGUGACUUUACAAGAGCUAAACCCUACUUCUCCGUACUUCAAGCAAGGGGCCUCACUUCGAGUUACUGGAAAGCUGCAAGAGUAUUCUGUGGAGACUGCAAUUGCUGUAAUUAUUGAUGGAAAUGCUACUCUCAAGAUUGACACCCAACACUUAAACCUCAAUCUUCGCAAUGGGUCUACCUACCAGUUCAUUGGGGAACUUCUCAUUCAACCAGACAAUGAGGCCAUACUAAAGGCACGAGUUGGAAGGAAUGUCGAUGGUAUGGAUCUCAACCUCUACCACCAGUCUCUGAAGCUCUUGAGAGAGUUUAUUUCUGAUCAAACAAGUACUCUUACAGCAUAGGGUUGUGCAUGUUUGCUUUUGUAUUUGGGACCAAAGGUAGAUCUGAAAAUUUAGGAAAAAGUCUUACUUCCAACUCAAAGAAAGAUGUUAUGGGGAAGUCACUGUAUUUGUUUGAGGCAAGAGAAUGGAAUCAGAAUUUGGUAAUACCUGCUCUUUUUUUGCA